ACGAGAAACCGUGCGAGCGAGAGAGAAAGAGUGAGCGUGUGUAUGCCCAGAGUCAGCAGUGAACACACACAAAGUCUACAAGCUUACAUCAACAAGAGAGCGUGUGAGGCAGAGCUGACCACUGGCAACUCUGAAGAGUGACACAGAGAGGAAAGAGACACGGAGAGAGAGACAGAGAAGAAGAAACAGCAACAGAGGAAGAGAAGGACCGACAGACUACCAGCCUUCCACUGGUUUUGCCCUCUACACUCCCCAGUCAUGAUCCCUUGGGUCCUUCUGCUUCUGUGGAUCACUGGACAUGGGACAGAUGCCAUGUUUUCCCAGCAGCCACAGGACCUAGUGGUGGUUGCAGGCCAGCCUGUGACGCUACCAUGCACUAUCCCUGGUUACCAUGGCGUAGUUCUGUGGAUCAAAGAUGGCCUGGCGCUGGGAGUUGGCAGAGACCUCUCUGGCUAUCCUCGUUACACAGUGAUUGGCGACCACGGUUCAGGAGAGCAUCAUUUGCGGAUCCAGCGUGUCGAGCUGAUGGACGACGCCGUGUUUGAGUGCCAGGCUGUCCAGGCUGCCAUGAGGUCCCGUCCUGCCCGUCUCACUGUGCUGGUUCCCCCAGAGGACCCAGUCAUCAGUGGAGGGCCGGUGGUGAGCUUAAAGGCAGGUGACCCACUCAAUCUAACAUGCCAUGCUGACAAUGCCAAGCCAGCAGCCUCAAUCAUUUGGAUCCGCAAUGGAGAGGUCCUCAGUGGGGCCAUGUACUCCAAGACCUUGCUCCGGGAUGGUAGAAGAGAGAGCAUCGUGAGCACGCUCUACCUAUCGCCUUCCAACAUCGAGACAGGUCAGCAGAUCAUCUGUAAGGCCUCCAACAAGGCAGUUCCCAAUGGCAAGGAGACCAGUGUCACGAUUGACAUCCAGCAUCUCCCGCUUGUCAAUCUCUCAGUGGAGCCUCAGCCUGUUCUGGAGGGCAACCUUGUGAAAUUCCACUGCUCUGCAAAGGCCAACCCUCCUGUCACACUCUACAGGUGGGCCAAAGGAGGAAGUAUGAUCAAGGAGGUCUCUGGAGACACGUAUGAGGUUACUGUGGACCACUCCUUCUUCACAGAACCCGUUUCCUGCGAGGUUACCAACCCUCUCGGCAGCACCAACAUCAGCCGCAAUGUUGAUGUUUACUUUGGUCCUCGCAUGGCUGCGGAGCCUCAGUCCUUGCAAGUGGACCUUGGAUCUGAUGCUGUGUUCAACUGUGCUUGGACAGGAAAUCCCUCUCUUACCAUUGUGUGGAUGAAGAGGGGAUCAGGAGUGGUUCUUAGCAAUGAGAACCUCCUGACACUGAAAUCUGUGAGACAGGAGGAUGCUGGGAAAUACGUGUGCCGCGCUGUGGUCCCACGUGUAGGAGCGGGGGAGAAAGAGGUUUCUCUCACUGUCAAUGGGCCACCUACUAUCUCCAGCACACAGACUCAGCAAGCUUUACAUGGAGAAAAAGGACAAAUCAAAUGUUUCAUUAGAAGUACACCUCCUCCAGACCGCAUUGCUUGGUCAUGGAAGGAAACCGUGUUGGAGUCUGGAACAUCCGGCCGCUACACCGUAGAGACGGUCACCACAGAAGAAGGAGUAAUCUCCACACUGACCAUGAGUAACAUUGUUCCAGCUGACUUCCAGACCAUCUAUAACUGCACCGCGUGGAACAGCUUUGGCUCUGACACCGAGAUCAUACGCCUUAAGGAACAAGGUGGGAGCCAAGAAUCUCUCCCAGUGGCGGUGAUCAUCGGCAUUGCUGUGGGAGCUUUUGUGGCCCUUAUUGUCCUCAUGGGCACCAUUGGAGCGUUCUGUUGCACCCGCUCCCAGAGAAAGGAAGCGCACCUGGUUAUGCCCUCACUGCCCGUCUCCAUCUGUGCUCACCAGAGAGAACUUGCAAGCAAAAUUAAGACAGAAAAUCUGAAAGGAGUUGUGUCGGCGAAAAAUGACAUCCGGGUGGAGAUUGUACACAAAGACCACAAUGCAGCAAGAGAAAACGAAGAGCACACCUCCAUGAAACAACUGAUGGUGGAAAGAGGAGAGUUCCAGCAAGAAUCUGUUCUGAAGCAGCUAGAGGUAUUACAAGAGGAAGAGAAGGAGUAUCAGCACAUUAAGGACCCCACAAAUGGCUACUACAGUGUUAAUACCUUCAAGGAGCAUCACACACCCACCAUGGCAGGGAAUCAGCCCACUGAGGUGAGGAACCCCACCAACACAGGUACCCUGGGCAAGCAGCGAGUACCGACAGGCAUGUCCUUCACCAACAUCUACUCCACUCUGGGAGCAGGUCCCAACCGUCUGUAUGACUACAGCCAACGCUUCGUGCUGGGCAUGGGCAGCAGCUCCAUUGAGCUAUGCGAGCGGGAGUUCCAGCGCGGCUCACUCAGCGACUCCAGCUCCUUUAUCGACACGCAGUGUGACAGCAGUGUCAGUAGCUACAGCAAGCCGGACGGCUACGUGCAGUUCGACAAAGACAGCAAGGCAUCAGCCUCCUCCUCCUCCCAUUAUUCCCAGUCCUCCUCGCAGAACUCAGACCUCACACGGCCCCUCCAGAAGCGCAUGCAGACCCACGUCUGACCAGCAGGGAGGGAGGGUGUUUGGACGGGGAUGUAACAAGCAGCAAGGAUUUUAAAACUGUGAAUGAAUCAGCUCCCAGGAUCUCCUAAAGUAACUGUGUUACUGUGUGUUUCCUCUGGUUGCCUCGAGAUGCCGGGGCUGGCUUUAACAGGCUGUGUGACUUAUUUAGACUUCUCAAUGUCCCAAAAGGUGGAUCAAGAAGCCUUAUAUUCCUCAUGCUUAACUCAUCAACCACCUCCUUUUUUAAACCCAUAAUCAGAAUUGUGCCACAGAGAGGUUAUUUGCCAACACAGAGACAACACAACUUUGGAAUCGGAACAUUCAAUACUGGGUUUUUACAGUGGGAUUGUUAACAGAUUGGAGGGCAGGAAUACAAGGCUUUUGUGAGACAAUCAGUUCCCCUGGCAAAGACUGUUUUUGCCUUUUGAAGAUUGUCAUUCAGAAAAACUGGCAUUGUUAUUACGAGGGUUGAAGCACUCAGCACGAACGGCAUGAUAAUGAGUGCAAGCCAAUGUCCUGCUGCUCUCCUGUAGUUUGAAGCACAAAAAUGAAUGUGCACAUGUUUUUAGUUGUUAAAAUGAUAAUUCUACCCUCUUCUCACCCUUUCCUUCAAACACUGUAUGUUAAGCUUGGCUUGUUGAAACUCGCCUCCUGUGUAGGUGGAAGAAAACUUUUUCCAUGUGCCCACAGACGUCUCAAGUGUUGAAAAGAAUGGCUGUUUUUUUUCUCUCCGCAGUUGUAUCUGGGCCACCGAGCUGAGCAGAUAAAAAGGGGCUGAGAUCUCAUUUUAAAUCCCUGAGUCAUUAUUUUACUUUGACACUCUGCGAUAAAAGAAUAUCAAUGUACAGAUGUGACUGCAAUUUCUUUUCUAGCAUCUAAUUUCUGACUCUAAUUUCCCUCAUGGAGGACUCUAAAUGAGACAUGAGCGCCUCUUCUUUUCCAUAUCUUCUUUGCCUUGAGGGUCUAUAUGAACUGUGUCAAUACAAACUUUGACUAACUAAGAUAGACGUACACUAUCAGCUCUUCUGUUGAUGGGGAGCUGCAUCGUCCAUGGUGUUACCGCACCAAAUCCAGCUCCAAGGCAUGCAGCAGGAAAGCCCACAAACUGCAACAUGUGUUGUACUUGUGAGUUUCUCCUGCUAACGCCGCGGAUCAUCAGCCAUAAACUUGGGGGUAUCUGCUGAAUGAAAUGUAAACAUUAUAUUUUAGCUGAGCUUCUUACUGUGUGGUUAUCCCAUUGCUGUUGUCAAUAUAACUGUUGACACUGAAGCUUAGUGCAUCCUGACUGUAUACCUACCUGUUAUCUUGCUGGUCAUCAAGGGACAUGACAAGCAAAUUUAGAAAAUGUGUUUUAUUUCGCCGUCUGCUGUUCAUUUUUGGCUACUGUGGAGCUGGUGGUGGCAAGCUGACACUUUUCGAGUGCAUCAUUUUAUUUUUUUUCUGUUCAGUACUGUAUGUGACAUAUAUGAAACUGGAUUUAUUAUUUAAUCACUGACACUGUAUUUGUUUUAGUUGAGAUUAGAGACAGAGAGUAGUGAUUUCAGUACAGCUACACAAACACUCAUACGUAAAAUUUCAAAGUGAGCCUGUUGUCAAGAGUGUUGCUGUCAUGCAUUUUUCAUGUUUCGUGGCAGAACACAUUGUAAUGACUGGGGAAUUUUGCUGUUUUGCAGUACCAAACACUGGGAAUUCCAUUGCAGAUGUGUGCAUAGCGCACAGGCUGUAAAUAGCAAUUGGGCAAAGGUAUUUUAUCUUAAUCUUGGACUGGAUGCUACCACACACGGCACUGUGUCAAGUUAAAUUCAGACCUCUGUAUCAGAUGUAAACCUAUUCCUGUAAAUAUCCGUUACAGCAAAUGGAUAUUUUCUGUUACAGCCACAUUUGCAUCAUAUAUUACAUUGCAUUUGAUUUUAACUAUCAAAAGGCUCUUACAGUAUGUCUGUGGGUUUUCAAGGUCUGUUCCACCCAUACUUUACAACAUCAGCAUUGUUGUUACCUGUUCAGUUUUUUAAAGAGUAAAGACAAGUUCCUGGAAAAUAACAGCAAAAUGCUGUAAAACAGUAAUGAAAACAGGGGCUCACAAUGUCAAUGUCACUUCUGUUUUGUGAAACCAAACAUAAAACACAAAGUAAAAAAGGUUAUGAUAUACUAUAUUAUCCAAUUAGGUAUUUUUUUUUCUUUAUAUUCCAUAGUGCAGCAGUCAAUUGGGAUGAAGUGAGCCUGAAACUAUGAAAUCUGCCACUCAACCCAUGAAAAACCAAGCAAGGCUUUUUCUAACAAAAGCAAGUUGUUGUUGUAAGCACUUUACAUAUGAUUAUAUUCAAGGCAUUUGAAUGGGGUUUUCCACUUGAGUGGCAGUGGUUUGGAGUCUAAUUUUACAAAUGGAUUGGCGCCCAUUGUAAAGCUUAAGACAAAAAGCUCUGUUUCAAUGCUGAUAAUCCAGCUUGGCACUUAGCAGACUGUAUAUAAAUCUCUAAUGCUGUCUUUCUCUGUAUAUAAUUUUUUCCUGGCUUUUCUUUCUUUCUCAGUCAGAUUUCACUAUAUCAGAGCUCAACAAAUCCACAUGGCAUCAAAACUGUACAGACAGACAAUCCUUUUCUCUUUGUUUCCCUUCCAAAAAUGUUAUCAACUUUGCUUGUUUCUCACAAAUUACAUGAAAGGCUUGGGUGAGUAGUUUCUCUUCUCCGAGAUCUCACGGGGAAAACGCACACUCUGUACGCCGAGCGCACAGGAGGCUAAAGGAUGAGACAGCUUUGAAGUAAGAUGCAGUAAGAGGUUAUUAUACCUUCAGCCCUUCUGAGAGAUGCCCAGAUGCCCAGCAAUAUAUUGCAUUUGGCGCCACGAUGACUGUCAAGUAUGCCUGUGCCAUUUUUUUAUUUAUUUUCCUUAACAUUUAUGAGUGCAGGAAAAAAUUCUUUCCUUGAUAUUGGCAGGAGUCACUUACAAUGCAGAUGCUACAGUGUGACCCAGUUUGCAUGGAACAAGAUACAAUUUUCAUUUAUAUUAUUAUUUGCAUAUAUUAUGCAUCAUUUUACAUCCACAGCAUCCAAAAAUGUCCCACGUUCAAAUCUUACCAUAAUGCAGACAUUCAGCAUGUCUCUCCCUAAAAUUUGCCUUCCUGUCCAAAGGAUCCAGUUUUCCUUAUCUG